AUGCUCACCCCAACGCAGACUACUAUGCUAAGGAUAUUCACCGCUAUUGUCAGUGGACGUUCUUUCUUUAUGAAACAUAUUACAGUAAAACAUCUUGUUACUGCAGUUCAACGUUGCCUUGUGCCGAGUCUACCUAAUGGAGCAUUCACAAAGACCAAUAUUACUUUUGGGAGUACUGUUUCAUUCUCUUGCAAUACUGGUUACACUCUGGUGGGAGCAGUAAACGCUACAUGCAGUUCAAAUCAAACUUGGAGUCGAGCUAUUCCUUCUUGCGUCAAACAAGGUUGUGAAAGACUUGAUAUUUCUAAUGGUUACCUGAACUCUACUGAUACAAGCUUAGGCACAGUCGUGUCAGUGGAGUGCCACACAGGAUACGAACUCGUCGGUUCUAAACGGAGAGAAUGUUUAUCUUCGAAAGCUUGGAGUGGAGAAACUGCUUGUUUCACUGUAGAUCCUUGCGGUGGAACUCCAUUAGACCUUGUCGGGUUUAGCGGAUGGCUUAUAAUUGGCAAUGCCACAGCCUACAGUGAUUGCGGAUGGAAUCUUCAAGGCAAUUUUGGUCUGAAGAUGAUCAUUACUUUUCACUCGCUGCACACUGCAAAUCUGGGAGACUUGGUUACUGUUCACGAUAGAGACUCGUCGGGCACUGUCAUUGCGUCACUGAAUGGAAAUUACGAAAACGAAUCCGUCGUGUCAUGCAGUAAAUCUCUUUUCGUUAGAUAUAUCAGCAGAUACCAACUGGAUUUCUCGGACUUCGUUGCUUCUUUUAUGAGUACUGAUCACAUACGUUCUCCAGGAUAUCCUCAACCAUAUCCCGUAUCGACUAAAAGAACGUGGACUGUGUGUGCUUCAUCAUCACAACCAACAUAUCUUGACUUCAUUGAUUUUAAUUUGGAGAAAUUUGACAGUGUGACAGUAACGACGAGUAAACAACUUAAUGCAACGUUUAGAGGUCGACUGCUACCUUUCAGACUAGUUCUUACGUCUAUUACCACCAUGGGUUUUGCUUCACAAAGUCUGAGAACAACAGAGAGUUUUCGGCGAUUUACAUCCCGGCUUCGUGUUUCAUUGUUGGUAACUGAAAUCAGAUCAAUACAUCGUCUUCAGCACAUAUACAAUUAUAGCAAGUCUAUAUACCAGCAAGUAGUGCUGUAA